AAUAAUGUCAGAGCAGAGAGCAGUUCGUCAGCCGAGCAGAGUCCAAGGGAGCGGCGAGGACCAGAGCAAAGGUCAGCCCAGCGGCCUGCUGCCCUCCCCUGGGCCCAGAGUCAGGCUACCGGGGACAGCCUGCAGAGAGACGGGCCUGGGGCCUUCCUCCUGGACCUCCACAACUUCCCUGACCUCUCCAAGGCAGAUAUAAACAGACAGAACCCCAAUAUACAGGUAACACUGAGACACAGACAGAACCCCAAUAUACAGGUAACACUGAGACACAGACAGAACCCCAAUAUACAGGUAACACUGAGACACAGACAGAACCCCAAUAUACAGGUAACACUGAGACACAGACAGAACCCCAAUAUACAGGUAACACUGAGACACAGACAGAACCCCAAUAUACAGGUAACACUGAGACACAGACAGCAACCCCAAUAUACAGGUAACACUAGACAAAGAAAAAACCCCAAUAUACAGGGAAACUGAGAAAAAAGCAGAAAAGGGAAUAAAGAGGGAAGGGGAGUGUGGUGUGUGGUGGUGUGUGUGUGGGUAGGUUGGUUCUUUUUAUCCCUUUGGGGGACCCAAAACCCCCAAAAAUUUCCCCGAAGGGAGUUAAAACAAAGGGCCCCUUUCAAUCCCCCCGAGGACAAAAGGCUAAUUUUAAACUUAUGUUUGGGUUAGGGGGUUUCAAUUUUGGGGGGGGGGGAAGGGGGGGGAGAAGGGAAAAAGGGGGGGAAAAAAAGGGGGGGGAAAAACCCCCAAAGGCCAAUAGGGGGGGAGAGAGAGUAAGAGAGGGCGAGCAACGAAGAGAAGAAAAAGGGGGAAAAGGAGAAAGAGAAAAGGGAAGAAAAAAUUAAAAAAAGGGAGGAGGGUAGGGAGAGGAGGAAGAUAAGAGAGAGAAAAGGGGAGGGGAAAAAGGGGAAAAGGGGGGGAGGAGGAGGAAAAAGAAAAAAAACAAACUAAGGUUGGGGGAAAAAAAAGGGGAAGGGGCCCGGGGACCAGAGGGGGGGAAGAGGGAGGGAGGAGGGAGAGAGGAAAGGAAGGAAGGGGAUAAGGAAAAAGGGGGGGAUAGGAAAGGGAGGAAAAAAAAAAAACCCCAAAAAAAAAAACUCUCUUUUCUGUCUCUCUCUUCUCUUUCUCUUUUCCUUUUUCUCCCUUCCCAUUCCCCCAUUCUCUCCUCUCUCUCUCUCUUCCUCUUCUCUCUCUCUUAUCUCUAUCUCUCUCUUCUCUCUCUCUAUUUUCUCUACCCCACCCAUUCUACUCCCUCCCUCCUCUUCUUAAAGGAGAGGUAGAAUAAACGUAUCCACAUGUAACAUAUGGAUUUGCAUUUGUAUAAAAAAUCUGUAUAUAUUUCUUACAUAAAACCGAUCAGAAUGCCACAAGUCAUGCCGGAAAAUGUUUUUGCGGGGUGUGAUGUAAUGUGGACGAGCCAGCCUAUUCCCUAUAAUGUAAACUCCAACAGAAAGUCCCAUGAUGGUAGUGACUGUCCAUUACUGCUUAUCACUUAUUAACCAUCAUUUAUUCACAUUACUUUACUUUAAUAAAAUAUUUCAGUUGUCUAUAUUCCAUUAGUUUUAUUUGAUGACUUUACUAUUUCAUUCCAAGUCAUCAUCUCAUCUCUAUAGAGCUGCUGCCUAUGCUAUCUGACUAAAUCACUAUUUUAGUAGUUCUUCAAAGUAAAUAAGGUAUACUUUAAUAACUGCUGAAUACCAACUAUCAAUCACUUAGGUCAUGUAUUUCUAGGUAGAGGUACCUAAGGAAGCUGCUGCUCUCUGUCCAUCACAGGUCUUCUAUCUCUUCUCUCAGACAAGUAAGCGUGGAUUGGAUUAUGGUCAUUGUAGUUAAUUACCACGUUUUCUGCGCUAAACUAUUAAGAAUAUUGGCCUGUUGGAAACUACAACUCCCUACUAAAAACCAAAUAAUUUCUGUUAAUCGCUCAGCACUACAAAUUAAACCAAAUCGUUUGCACUCAUGACUACUGGUUUCAAGUACAUUAUCAGCCAACUUACAAGCAAAUACUUUAUGAAUUUAUUGUUACAAAUCAGCUUGCAAGGUUGCUAGCCAACUAGCCUGCUAACAUUAGUCCAGCUAAAGUGAGUUAUUUUAGCCUGCUAGUUAGCCAACUAACCACGGUCGACAUGGCUAAGUAGUAAGCCAGAGAACAACACCAACUAGUCUAACGCAGCAGAUGUAAAGCCAGCAGAUAUAAAGUAGACAGAGCGGAGACUUGGCGAUUGACGGCUGAGUUAGCUACCAGAGAAGAGCCUAGGCGAGAGGCCUUCAGAGGGAGAGGGGCCACUGUAGAUAGAUGCCAGAGGCAAUAACCCAGAGGCAGAAUUGGGCACAGAAGACGAGGAGAAGUGUCAACAAUAAGACAGAGGGGGUACAGGGUAUAGGAGGAGACGAGUCAACAAUAAGACAGAGGGGGUACAGGGUAUAGGAGGAGACGAGUCAACAAUAAGACAGAGGGGGGUACAGGGUUAUAGGAGGAGAGAAGAUAGGGGGGGGGGGGGUACAGGGUAUAGGAGCGGGGAAAGAGUUCACACAAUACGGACAGAGGGGGGUACAGGGUAUUAGGAGAAGAAGAAGCGUCAACACUAAGGACAGAGGGGGUACAGGGUAUAGGAGGAGACGAGUCAACAAUUAAGACAGAGGGGUGUACAGGGUUAUAUAGGAGGAGAAGAGUCAAACAAUAAGACAGAGGGGGGCGGGUACAGGGUAUUAGGAGGAGAAGAGUCAACAAUAAGACCAGAGGGGGGUACAGGGUAAGUAUCGGAGGAAGACGAGUCAACAAUUAAGACAGAGGGGGUAUGGAGGAGUGCGAAGAGUCAAACAAUAGGACCGCAAGAGGGGGUUGGUAUAGGGAAUAGGAGGAGACGCAGGUCAAACAAUAAGACAGAGGGGGUUAAAGGGUUUCUAGGAGGGGAGACUGAGGUCAACAAUAAGACGAGGGGGGGUACAGGGUAUAGGAGGAGAAGAGUCAACAAUAAGACAGAGGGGGUAUAGGGUAUAGGAGGAGAAGAGUCAACAAUAAGACAGAGGGGGGGUACAGGGAUAGGAGGAGAAGAGUCAACAAUAAGACAGAGGGGUAUAGGAGGAGAAGAGUCAACAAUAAGAAAGAGGGGGUAUAGGGUCAUAGGAGGAGAAGAGUCAACAAUAAGACAGAGGGGGGUACAGGGUAUAGGAGGAGAAGAGUCAACAAUAAGACAGAGGGGGUACAGGGUAUAGGAGGAGACGAGUCAACAAUAAGGACAGAGGGGGUACAGGGUUGGUAUAGGAGGAGACGAGUCAACAAUAAGACAGAGGGGGGGGGUACAGGGUUAUAGGAGGAAGAGAAGUCAACAAUAAUACAGAGGGGGUACAGGGUUAUAGGAGGGGAAGAGUCAACAAUAAGACAGAGGGGUACAGGGUAUAGGAGGGAGAGGAGUCAACAAUAAUACAGAGGGGGUACAGGUAUAGGAGGGGAAGAGUCAACAAUAAGGACAGAGGGGGUAUAGGAGGAGACGAGACGAGGUCAACAAUAAGACAGAGGGGGUACAGGGUAUAGGAGGAGACGAGUCAACAAUAAUACAGAGGGGGUACAGGGUAAAGGAGGAGAAGAGUCAACAAUAAGACAGAGGGGGUAUAGGGUAUAGGAGGGGAAGAGUCAACAAUAAGACAGAGGGGGUACAGGGUAUAGGAGGAGACGAGUCAACAAUAAGAGGGUGAUAGGAGGAAGGCUCCAGGCAGAUGGAAAUGAUCACAACAUCACAGUGAGUCAGCUACUGUAGCGCACUAGUACUAAGCCAAGGUUGAAAAACUCUGGUAGCCUACUUCAUGGAGAACACGUGGUGCGGCCCCCACGUGUGGGGAAUCUGAUUGGUUGUUUACAUCACACCUCCUUGUGAUUUGUGGAUUUAUGCUCGCCACUGCCAAAACUCAGUCUGCAUGGCUAGUGGCUAACGUUAGCCUGCUCGUGCUAGCUAACGUAAAGUAAAUUCUCAGUAUGACGUUGAGAAAUAGUGCAUUCUGGGCAGUUUAGAAGAUAUCCGGAAAUAAGUUAAUAAAUAUGUAAAAACCAUAAAACAUCAUGUAACUAUGUUUGUAGUUAUAGGUAACCAGAUUGUGAAUAAAACUAAGUUACUAAGUCUUUGACCACACUGUGUUGUUACUUUGGUGAGUAAGAACUCAUUCUUCCUCCCCUUUAAGAUGGUCACUGAAGUCAGAUCUUGUGUCCAUCAUAACAACAGCUGAAAGGAAAAAACUAACCAACACUAGCCGCAGUACUAACCACUAUACAGAGAGAAGCUAACCAACACUAGCCUCAAUACUAACCACUAUACGGAGAGAAGCUAACCAACACUAGCCUCAGUACUAACCACUAUACAGAGAGAAGCUAACCAACACUAGCCUCAGUCCUAACCACUAUACAGAGAGAAGCUAACCAACACUAGCCUCAAUACUAACCAGUAUACAGAGAGAAGCUAACCAACACUAGCCUCAGUACUAACCACUAUACGGAGAUAAGCUAACCAACACUAGCCUCAAUACUAACCACUAUACAGAGAGAAGCUAACCAACACUAGCCUCAGUACUAACCAGUAUACAGAGAGAAGCUAACCAACACUAGCCUCAGUCCUAACCACUAUACAGAGAGAAGCUAACCAACACUAGCCUCAGUCCUAACCACUAUACGGAGAGAAGCUAACCAACACUAGCCUCAGUACUAACCAGUAUACAGAGAGAAGCUAACCAACACUAGCCUCAGUACUAACCACUAUACGGAGAGAAGCUAACCAACACUAGCCUCAGUACUAACCAGUAUACAGAGAGAAGCUAACCAACACUAGCCUCAGUACUAACCACUAUACAGAGAGAAGCUAACCAACACUAGCCUCAGUACUAACCACUAUACAGAGAGAAGCUAACCAACACUAGCCUCAGUACUAACCACUAUACAGAGAGAAGCUAACCAACACUAGCCUCAAUACUAACCAGUAUGCAGAGAGACACUAUUCAAUUCAAUUCAAAGGGCUUUAUUAGCAUGGGGAACAUAUAUGUUAACGUUGCCAAAGCAAGUGAGAUAGAUAAUAAACAAAACCCUCCCACUGCUGCCAUGUCUAAAUCACUCUGCUAUCUCAUCCGACAAGACCCUCUUCCACUUCUAAGAGCAUCAGACAGAAUAUUAACUGCUAAACCCCAGAAUGGACAAAGUGUGUUGACAUCUCAAGAUGUAGGAACAGAGGAAGAAAGGGAACGGGGCUGGGGAGAGGGGCUGGGGAGAGGGGCUCGGGAGAGGGAGCGGGGAGAGAGGCUGGGCUGGGGAGAGGGGCUGGGGAGAGGGAACGGGGCUGGGAGAGGGGCUGGGAGAGGGAGCGGGCCUCGGGAGAGGGCUGGGAGAGGGAGCGGGCUCGGGAGAGGGGCUGGGGAGAGGGGGGUGGGAGAGGGAGCGGGCCGGGGAGAGGGGCUGGGCUGGGAGAGGGCUGGGGGAGAGGGCGGGGGAGAGGGAGCGGGCCUCGGGAGAGGGGCUGGGGGAGAGGGGCUGGGGAGAGGGAGCGGGCCUGGGGAGAGGGGCUGGGGGAGAGGGAGCGGGCCUGGGGAGAGGGGGCUGGGGAGAGGGAACGGGCCUGGGGAGAGGGGCUGGGGAGAGGGGCUGGGGAGAGGGGCUGGGCUGGGGAGAGGGGCUGGGGAGAGGGAGCGGGCCUGGGGAGAGGGAGCGGGCCUGGGGAGAGGGAACGGGGAGAGGGAACGGGCUGGGAGAGGGGCUGGGCUGGGGAGAGGGGGAGAGGGGCUGGGGAGAGAGGAGCGAUUGAACGAGGUGAGUGAGGGGUCUUAUGAGAGGAGAGGAGAGGAGAGAGAGGAGAGGAGAGGAGAGGAGAGGAGAGGAGAGGAGAGGAGAGGAGAGGAGAGGAGAGGAGAGGAGAGGAGAGGAGGAGAGGAGAGGAGAGGAGAGGAGAGGAGAGGAGAGGGGGGGGACCUCUUUGAUCCUAAGAUUCAUCUGGCCUUCAUGUCCUGCUGAAGGCUGAGCAGACCCUUCAUGUUCUGGAGAAGGCUGAGCAGACCCUUCAUGUUCCGGAGAAGGCUGAGCAGACCCUUUGAACUCACUGUUUAGGUGGAGAGGGUGAGGAGGGAGGGAGGGGGGUGCGGGGGUAGUGGGGGCAUUGUAUUGGAGGGGGUGGAGGUUCCCCCCUCUCAUAUGCGAGGCACAUGUUAGGAAGUACAGCAGGAUGGGAGGAGGGGGAGGGAGUCAGGACCACAUCAAGCUUGACUGCUGCUACACAGACGGGCUCAGUGGGACUGCUCGGGGAUGACCGCUAUUCUCUUCUGUACAAUAACACAACUAGAUCAGAGCAGCUGGUAUUCUGUGUCAGAAAUAUCUAGAAUGUAGGCCACACAGUAUUAGAAGGAAACAGUGCGCACAUCCAUGAAGUACAACUCAAAUAUAUAAUGUGCAGUUGUAUCAAGAAUUAUAUGAUUGCUAAAUCAUGUCGCAGCAUGCUUUAAUGUUAGCAUUGAGAGUAUGUUGUUGCCUUCCUGACAGACACACACACACACACUCCAGACAGACUCUGACCUUUGACCCUGCUCCUCUCUCUCUCUCUUUCUCCUCCAGGUGACCAUAGAGGUGGUGGACGGUCUAGAGGCAGCAGAGCCUGAAAAAGGCCUGAAGAAAGAGAACAAACCAGGAUGGGCUGCUCCAAACUGGAGAAACUGGUGGCAGACCUCCUCCUCUUCCUCCUCCUCCUCCUCCUCCUCCUCCUCGGUCUCGACCCCCCGCAGGCCCGAGGAGCAGGCUAGGGAGCCGCAGCCGCCCUACAGGGGAGCAGGCGAAGGAAGAGGAGGAGGAAGAGGAGGAGGCAGUAACACAGAGGAUAGUAACUUCCUAAAGCCACUUGGGGACUGGGAGAGGAGAGGAGGCGCAGGAGGAGGAGGCGCAGGAGGAGGCGGAGGAGGAAGUACCAGCAAGGCUCAAACUGAAUAUGGUGAGUGUUGUGUGUGACUGGGUGGGAAUGACGGAAGAAGGGAGAGAGGACGUGUGUGUGUUUGUUUUUAUAGGGAUGUGUAUAUGCGUGUGUCUGUGCAUGUGCAUGUGUGUGUUCCAAGCGUGUGAGUGUGUGUGACAGUGCGAUGAGAGUCACUCACUGAGAAUAUUUAGCCUGAUGGGACCUAGCUAAGGUCUGGUUCUGAUGGGAUCUAGUUAAAUGGACAGUCUGGAGGUCUGGUUCUGAUGGGACCUAGCUGUCACCAUAAUAACUACAGUGUAGUUAGCAGAUAGCUGUCACCAUAAUAACUACAGUGUAGUUAGCAGCUGUCACCACAUUAAUUACAGUGUAGUUAGCAGGUAGCUGUCACCAUAAUAACUACAGUGUAGUUAGCAGAUAGCUGUCACCAUAAUAACUACAGUGUAGUUAGCAGAUAGCUGGCACCAUAAUAACUACAGUGUAGUUAGCAGAUAGCUGUCACCAUAAUAACUACAGUGUAGUUAGCAGCUGUCACCAUAAUAACUACAGUGUAGUUAGCAGCUGUCACCACAUUAAUUACAGUGUAGUUAGCAGAUAGCUGUCACCAUAAUAACUACAGUGUAGUUAGCAGAUAGCUGGCACCAUAAUAACUACAGUGUAGUUAGCAGAUAGCUGGCACCAUAAUAACUACAGUGUAGUUAGCAGAUAGCUGUCACCAUAAUAACUACAGUGUAGUUAGCAGAUAGCUGUCACCAUAAUAACUACAGUGUAGUUAGCAGAUAGCUGUCACCAUAAUAAAUACAGUGUAGUUAGCAGAUAGCUGUCACCAUAAUAACUACAGUGUAGUUAGCAGAUAGCUGUCACCAUAAUAACUACAGUGUAGUUAGCAGAUAGCUGUCACCAUAAUAACUACAGUGUAGUUAGCAGAUAGCUGUCACCAUAAUAACUACAGUGUAGUUAGCAGAUAGCUGUCACCAUAAUAACUACAGUGUAGUUAGCAGAUAGCUGGCACCAUAAUAACUACAGUGUAGUUAGCAGAUAGAUGUCACCAUAAUAACUACAGUGUAGUUAGCAGAUAGCUGUCACCAUAAUAACUACAGUGUAGUUAGCAGAUAGAUGUCACCAUAAUAACUACAGUGUAGUUAGCAGAUAGCUGGCACCAUAAUAACUACAGUGUAGUUAGCAGAUAGCUGUCACCAUAAUAACUACAGUGUAGUUAGCAGAUAGCUGUCACCAUAAUAACUACAGUGUAGUUGGCAGAUAGCUGUCACCAUAAUAACUACAGUGUAGUUAGCAGAUAGCUGGCACCAUAAUAACUACAGUGUAGUUAGCAGAUAGCUGUCACCAUAAUAACUACAGUGUAGUUAGCAGAUAGCUGUCACCAUAAUAACUACAGUGUAGUUAGCAGAUAGCUGUCACCAUAAUAACUACAGUGUAGUUAGCAGAUAGCUGUCACCACAUUAAUUACAGUGUAGUUAGCAGAUAGCUGUCACCAUAAUAACUACAGUGUAGUUAGCAGAUAGCUGUUACCAUAAUAACUACAGUGUAGUUAGCAGAUAGCUGUCACCAUAAUAACUACAGUGUAGUUAGCAGAUAGCUGUCACCAUAAUAACUACAGUGUAGUUAGCAGAUAGCUGGCACCAUACACUACAGUGUAGUUAGAAGAUAGCUGUCACCAUAAUAACUACAGUGUAGUUAGCAGAUAGCUGUCACCAUAAUAACUACAGUGUAGUUAGCAGAUAGCUGUCACCACAUUAAUUACAGUGUAGUUAGCAGAUAGCUGUCACCAUAAUAACUACAGUGUAGUUAGAAGAUAGCUGUCACCAUAAUAACUACAGUGUAGUUAGCAGAUAGCUGUCACCAUAAUAACUACAGUGUAGUUAGCAGAUAGCUGUCACCAUAAUAACUACAGUGUAGUUAGCAGAUAGCUGGCACCAUAAUAACUACAGUGUAGUUAGCAGAUAGCUGUCACCAUAAUAACUACAGUGUAGUUAGCAGAUAGCUGUCACCAUAAUAACUACAGUGUAGUUAGCAGAUAGCUGUCACCAUAAUAACUACAGUGUAGUUAGCAGAUAGCUGUCACCAUAAUAACUACAGUGUAGUUAGCAGAUAGCUGUCACCAUAAUAACUACAGUGUAGUUAGCAGAUAGCUGGCACCACAUUAAUUACAGUGUAGUUAGCAGAUAGAUGUCACCAUAAUAACUACAGUGUAGUUAGCAGAUAGCUGUCACCAUAAUAACUACAGUGUAGUUAGCAGAUAGCUGUCACCAUAAUAACUACAGUGUAGUUAGCAGACAGCUGUCACCAUAAUAACUACAGUGUAGUUAGCAGAUAGCUGUCACCAUAAUAACUACAGUGUAGUUAGCAGAUAGCUGUCACCAUAAUAACUACAGUGUAGUUAGCAGAUAGCUGGCACCAUAAUAACUACAGUGUAGUUAGCAGAUAGAUGUCACCAUAAUAACUACAGUGUAGUUAGCAGAUAGCUGUCACCACAUUAAUUACAGUGUAGUUAGCAGAUAGCUGUCACCAUAAUAACUACAGUGUAGUUAGCAGACAGCUGUCACCAUAAUAACUACAGUGUAGUUAGCAGAUAGCUGUCACCAUAAUAACUACAGUGUAGUUAGCAGAUAGCUGGCACCAUAAUAACUACAGUGUAGUUAGAAGAUAGCUGUCACCAUAAUAACUACAGUGUAGUUCGCAGAUAGCUGUCACCACAUUAAUUACAGUGUAGUGGUUCCAGUCCUCUCAGUGAUUGAAGCUUUUAACACUCUUUAGUUUCAUGAGCUGGAUAUGUCCGUGGAGCUGAGCUAUGAGUGUGCGCGUAGUCACAGUUUAAACGCCUCUCAAACAUCAACGACCCCUGACAGGAACCCGGGUCAGAACCAGGGCUGUGUCCUGUAUGUCUCCCUACAGACCACUUCCGUUAGAGGGCUGCCACACCACACCACACCACUCGUAACAUUCUCACAACACUCUCCACAACUGGCCAGCUAGAUGGAUAAAUCUGCUGUAGAAGAAUUCACCCUCCCUAUCUAUCCUCGCCGUGUCUCAGCCUGUCCACCGGCACCAACAUAACAACUGUUACACAGGAAUGUGGGUGUUAUGGAGAGAGAAGAAAUAUCAUUUAUCCAUCUGUUACAUUCUUGUUCAAACUGAAAUCCAAUGUUUAAUCACACUGGCUUAUCACGGAGGAUGGACAACUAUCUAGUUCACUACUAUUGGACUGCCCUGUGAUAGACUAGUGUCCUGUCCAGAGGGUGUACUGGUACAUCAAGCGGUCUCACUACAGAAACAGGAGAUAGACUAGUGUCCUGUCCAGGGGGUGUCCUGUACAUCAAGCUGUCUCACUACAGAAAGAGGAGAUAGACUAGUGUCCUGUCAAGGGGGUGUACUGGUACAUCAAGCUGUCUCACUACAGAAACAGGAGAUAGACUAGUGUCCUGUCCAGGGGGUGUCCUGUACAUCGAGCUGUCUCACUACAGAAACAGGAGAUAGACUAGUGUCCUGUCCAGGGGGUGUACUGUACAUCAAGCUGUCUCACUACAGAAACAGGAGAUAGACUAGUGUCCUGUCCAGGGGGUGUCCUGUACAUCAAGCUGUCUCACUACAGAAACAGGAGAUAGACUAGUGUCCUGUCCAGGGGGUGUCCUGUACAUCAAGCUGUCUCACUACAGAAACAGGAGAUAGACUAGUGUCCUGUCCAGGGGGUGUACUGGUACAUCAAGCUGUCUCACUACAGAAACAGGAGAUAGACUAGUGUCCUGUCCAGGGGGUGUCCUGUACAUCAAGCUGUCUCACUACAGAAACAGGAGAUAGACUAGUGUCCUGUCCAGGGGGUGUCCUGUACAUCAAGCUGUCUCACUACAGAAACAGGAGAUAGACUAGUGUCCUGUCCAGGGGGUGUACUGUACAUCAAGCUGUCUCACUACAGAAACAGGAGAUAGACUAGUGUCCUGUCCAGAGGGUGUACUGGUACAUCAAGCUGUCUCACUACAGAAAGAGGAGAUAGACUAGUGUCCUGUCCAGGGGGUGUACUGUACAUCAAGCUGUCUCACUACAGAAACAGGAGAUAGACUAGUGUCCUGUCCAGGGGGUGUACUGUACAUCAAGCUGUCUCACUACAGAAACAGGAGAUAGACUAGUGACCUGUCCAGGGGGUGUACUGGUACAUCAAGCUGUCUCACUACAGAAACAGGAGGUAGACUAGUGUCCUGUCCAGGGGGUGUCCUGUACAUCAAGCUGUCUCACUAUAGAAACAAGAGAUAGACUAGUGUCCUGUCCAGGGGGUGUACUGGUACAUCAAGCUGUCUCACUACAGAAACAGGAGAUAGACUAGUGUCCUGUCCAGGGGGUGUACUAGUACAUCAAGCUGUCUCACUACAGAAACAGGAGAUAGACUAGUGUCCUGUCCAGGGGGUGUCCUGUACAUCAAGCUGUCUCACUACAGAAACAGGAGAUGGACUAGUGACCUGUCCAGGGGGUGUACUGUACAUCAAGCUGCUACAGAAACAGGAGAUAGACUAGUGUCCUGUCCAGGGGGUGUACUGUACAUCAAGCUGUCUCACUACAGAAACAGGAGAUAGACUAGUGUCCUGUCCAGGGGGUGUCCUGUACAUCAAGCUGUCUCACUACAGAAACAGGAGGUAGACUAGUGUCCUGUCCAGGGGGUGUACUGUACAUCAAGCUGCCUCACUACAGAAACAGGAGAUAGACUAGUGUCCUGUCCAGGUGGUGUACUGGUACAUCAAGCUGCUACAGAAACAGGAGAUAGACUAGUGUCCUGUCCAGGGGGUGUACUGUACAUCAAGCUGUCUCACUACAGAAACAGGAGAUAGUCUGUGAUCUCACAGCUGCCCUUACAACAACAAAACACUUUUUUCACAUGUUGAGCUUAAAUUCCACAUGUAAUCUAUUACAUGUAGAGUUCACAUGUUAACAGCACCUUUUCACAUGUGAGGAAAAUAACAUGUUUUCGCCUCACAUGUGAAUUGUAGUUUGAAAUGUGCACAUGUUAAAAACUUUCACGUGAGAAUCGAUUAUGUAGUUUAAGAAAACUCCACAUGUGAAAAACAUUGUACUGAAACCGUGCAGAGGAAAUGUUUCCAUGUAUUAUUGUUAAACUGAUUCCUAAAUGUUUCCAUGUAUUAUCAUUAAACUGAUCCCUUUAAUGAUAAUUGGGACUAACAAGGAUUUCUUUCCAUUUCAGCCCCCACUUCCAGAAAAAUACAAGACUGAGUCAGUAAGCAGCCCCAGUCAGACUCUUUAGAUUUUUUGAGGGUUUGAAAAUACCUCAGAAAUACCUUAGUUUGCAUAAGUAUUCAGACCCUUUGCUAUGACACUCGAAAUUGAGCUCAGAUGCAUCCUGUUUUCAUUGAUCAUCCUUAAGAUGUUUCUACAACUUGAUUGGAGUCCACCGAUGGUAAAUUCAAUUCAUUGGACAUGAUUUGGAAAGGCACAAACCUGUCUACAGUGGCUUGCGAAAGUAUUCAAUUUAAAUUACAGGUUGUAAUGCAACAAAAUAGGAAAAACGCCAAGGGGGAUGAAUACUUUUGCAAGGCACCUUUACACCUCAUUUGAAAUUAUUACAGUGUGUUAACAUUAACCCAGCGUCCACCUCCCUGGUUAGAAGUAGAGCUUUCCUGGAAAAUAUUAGUUUUUUUGCCAAAUGCUUCCUGGUGUGUUUUUGUAAAUACUGAAAACACUCACUCACUCUGCCAUGUGUGUCUGUGUGUGUGUGUGUGUGUGUGUGUGUGUGUGUGUGUAAGCUUGUCUGAGAGUCAAAGUCAAAGGGAACUAUUAGCCCCCACCCACCCAUCCAUGACCCCCACACCCCAGUCCGUGACCCCCCACUCUCCCUCCAUGACCCCCACACCACAUCCAUGACCCCCCAGACCACCUCCAUGACCCCUCCGUCCAUGACCCCCCACACCCUCCUCCAUGACCCCCCCUCCAUCCCUUCCAUGACCCCCCUCCAUGACCCCCCCUCCAUGACCCCCCCCUCCAUCCCUUCCAUGACCCCCCUCCAUGACCCUCCCCCUCCAUGACCCCCACCCUCUACAACAGUGUUUCCCAACUAUAGUGUUAGACUGCGACCACACUGAGAUCAUAUUCUUUGUCCAUUAAAAGUUAAACUCAAGUCAAGUAUUUUCGGAUCAGUUGCAUACAUAAUUAUUUUUUAUCUGUCUGACAAAUUGGGACAAUCAUCUCUGUUGUCCAUCUUACGUCAACAGAUGACUCCCAUUGAAAAGCAUUGGUUGAACCCGGAAUUUUCAGACACAAAAUCUCAAUGUGGCCUUAUGCUGACAGUCUCUCUCUCUACAUUUUUAAAAACAUAUUACCUCAAUCAAUCACCCCAACUACCUCGUACCCCACUACACUGACUCAGUACCGGUACUCCUUGUAUAUAGCCUUGUUAUUGUUAUUUUAAUGUGUUAUUUAUUGUGUUUUUUAUUGUGUUCUUUUACUGUGUUACUAUUUUAUUUUAUUUUAAUCUAUUUGUUAAUUUCAAUACUUUUUUACUGCAUUGUUGGGAAAGGGCUUGCAAUUAAGUAUUCCACUGUAAAGUCUACACUUGUUGUAUUCGGCGCAUGGAACAUGUUUUUAUUUUUUAUCUUUCUCUCUCUGCCCCCCUCUCCCGCGCUCCUCUCUCUGCCCCCCUCUCCCGCGCUCCUCUCUCUGUCCUCCUCUCCCGCGCUCCUCUCUCUGCCCCCCUCUCCUGCGCUCCUCUCUCUGCCCCCUCUCCCGCGCUCCUCUCUCUGCCCCCCCUCUCCCGCGCUCCUCUCUUGCCCUCCUCUCCCGCGCUCCUCUCUCUGCCCUCCUCUCUCUGCCCCCCCUCUCCCGCGACUCCUCUCUCUGCCCUCCUCUCUCGCGCUCCUCUCUCUGUCCUCCUCUCCCGCGCUCCUCUCUCUGCCCUCCUCUCUCGCGCUUCCUCUCUCUGCCCCCCUCUCCCGCGCUCCUCUCUCUGCCCCCCUCUCCCGCGCUCCUCUCUCUGCCCCCCUCUCCCGUGCUCCUCUCUCUGCCCCCCUCUCCCGCGCUCCUCUCUCUGCCCCCCUCUCCCGCGCUCCUCUCUCUGUCCCCCUCUCCCGCGCUCUCUCUGCCCUCCCUCUCGGCUCCUCUCUCUGCCCCCUCUCCGCGCUCCUCUCCUCUCUCUCUCCCCCUCUCCCGCGCUCCUCUCUCUGCCCUCCUCUCCCGCGCUCCUCUCUCUUCCCCCCUCUCCCGCGCUCCUCUCUCUCUCCCUCCUCUCCCGCGCUCCUCUCUCUGCCCUCCUCUCCCGCGCUCCUCUCUCUGCCCCCCCUCUCCCGCGCUCCUCUCUCUGCCCCCUCUCCCGCGCUCCUCUCUCUGUCCUCCUCUCCCGCGCUCCUCUCUCUGCCCUCCUCUCCCGCGCUCCUCUGUCUGCCCUCCUCUCCCGCGCUCCUCUCUCUGCCCUCCUCUCUCUCGCUCCUCUCUCUGUCCCCCUCUCCCGCGCUCCUCUCUCUGCCCUCCUCUCCCGCGCUCCUCUCUCUGCCCUCCUCUCUCGCGCUCCUCUCUCGCGCUCCUCUCCAGACUAUAUAGACGGAGAGGGUGACUGGAGUAACUGGUAUCCAUGCAGUGUAACCUGUGGGAACGGGAACCAGAAGAGGACCAGGUCAUGUGGUUACGCCUGCACCGCCACCGAGUCACGCACCUGUGACAUGCCAUCCUGCCCAGGUGAGGACAGUGUGACACUGUGUGGUCUAAAGCUAUUUUUCUUUCUAUGGGUCAGUGGAUCCAGGUCAUAUGUUUAAAGGGUCACUGUGGUAUUUACAAGGUUUUUUAUUUAAGUACACAGUGUGUGUGUGAAACAGGAAGUACCCGGUGUGUGAAACAGGAAGUACACAGUGUGUGAAACAGGAAGUACCCGGUGUGUGAAACAGGAAGUACCCGGUGUGUGAAACAGGAAGUACACAGUGUGUGAAACAGGAAGUACCCGGUGUGUGAAACAGGAAGUACACAGUGUGUGAAACAGGAAGUACCCGGUGUGUGAAACAGGAAGUACACGGUGUGUGAAACAGGAAGUACCCGGUGUGUGAAACAGGAAGUACCCGGUGUGUGAAACAGGAAGUACCCUGUGUGUUCACUGUCUUUACAUCUUCCUUCUGUUGCAUCAUUAACUGACCAUGUGUCUGUCUACAGGUAUUGAAGAUGCGUUCAAGACAGCCGCCACUGAGGUCGGUCUGCUGGCUGGAACAGAUGAGUUCAACGCUACAGAGCUCUUUGGUGUUGGUAAGAUUCUUCUUUCAUUAGUCUUUUUUUUUUUUUGUGUGUCAUUUUUCACUUCAGCUCAUCCCUCAACUGUCAAAUGCAACAGCGAUUCUAUUUAGCAUUAGUGUCCAGGUCAGGGUUACUUUCUGAAUUGACCCCAAACCCUGGCCCCAGUCCUCCCAGCACAGUCCAUUGAUUUGAGAGGGAAUGUCUGUUCUAGUCAUUAUAUUUCUAUGGCCCAGUCCUCCAGCCUUCCUGGGCCAACUCAUCAUUCUUUGUCAUUGUGCAUCAGGACAGGAAGAGAGCCCAGCAUGCAAUGUUGCAUCAGGACAGGAAGAGAGCCCAGCAUGCAAUGUUGCAUCAGGACAGGAAGAGAGCCCAGCAUGCAAUGUUGCAUCAGGACAGGAAGAGAGCCCAGCAUAAAAUGUUGCAUCAGGACAGGAAGAGAGCCCAGCCCGUCACAGCAUCCUGUAAUGUUGCAUCAGGACAGGAAGAGAGCCCAGCACGUCACAGCAUCCUGUGAUGUUGCAUCAGGACAGGAAGAGAGCCCAGCCCGUCACAGCAUUCUGUAAUGUUGCAUCAGGACAGGAAGAGAGCCCAGCACGUCACAGCAUUCUGUAAUGUUGCAUCAGGACAGGAAGAGAGCCCAGCACGUCACAGCAUCCUGUAAUGUUGCAUCAGGACAGGAAGAGAGCCCAGCACGUCACAGCAUCCUGUAAUGUUGUGCUCUCUGUGUCUGUCCCAAUAUUCUCAGCCUCAGUUAGCCAGGGGAAAAACACCCAUCAAAUAAAUAGCUAGGCUAUCACACUUCUUCAUCCUCCCAUUCCCCUCUUGUAUGAGAGAGAGAGUCAUACGCUUGUACGCUUUGGCAAUAUGAACAUUGUUACAUCAUGCCAAUAAAGCAAUUUGAAAUUGAAAAAUUGAAAUUGAAAGAGAGAGAGAGAGAGGGGGGGGGUGAGGGAGGGCUGAGAAAAAAAGAGGGAGAGAGAGCGAGAGGAAAAGAGAUUCAGUAGAUCCAGACUAACUAACUCUGUCUCUGAUCUCUUCCAGACACCGACAGCUGUAGAGAUAGAUCCAGACUAACUAACUCUGUCUCUGAUCUCUUCCAGACACCGACAGCUGUAGAGAUAGAUCCAGACUAACUAACUCUGUCUCUGAUCUCUUCCAGACACCGACAGCUGUAGAGAUAGAUCCAGACUAACUAACUCUGUCUCUGAUCUCUUCCAGACACAGACAGCUGUAGAGAUAGAUCCAGACUAACUAACUCUGUCUCUGAUCUCUUCCAGACACAGACAGCUGUAGAGAUAGAUCCAGACUAACUAACUCUGUCUCUGAUCUCUUCCAGACACAGACAGCUGUGAACGCUGGAUGAACUGUAAGUCUGAGUUCCUGAAGAAAUACAUGACCAAGGUGUCCAACGACCUCCCCAGCUGCCCCUGCUCCUACCCCACCGAGGUGGCCUACAGCACGGCCGACGUCCCCGACCCCGCCACGCGCCGGGACUUCCGCUGGAAAGACGCCAGCGGCCCCAAGGAGAAGCUAGAGAUCUACAAACCCACGGCCCGGUACUGCAUCCGCUCCACGUUAACUCUAGAGUCCACGACUCUGGCCGCACAGCACUGUUGCUACGGUGACAACAUGAAGCUCAUCACCCGCGGGAAAGGAGCGGGAACGCCAAACCUCAUCAGCACGGAGUUCUCUGCCGACCUCCACUACAAGGUAGACGUCCUGCCCUGGAUCAUCUGUAAGGGGGACUGGAGCCGUUAUAACCAGGCCAGGCCUCCUAGCAACGGGCAGAAGUGUCCGGACAACCCCCUGGAUGAGGAUUACCACAAGCAGGUGGAGGACGCGCGGGAGUUCUAG